UCCGACGAAAGACGUAUUGCGGCCACCAGAUACCAAUGGAGAAAGUUCUACGGCGAGCUGCUCUCGCGAGCAACCAGGCUAAGCGGAAGGCAAAGGUUGUCCUUGAAAAAGACCGCCGCAACAAACUUCGGGGUGACCUGAAAGAGAAGUUUGCCUAUAAUCGAAGUCUGCUGGAUGAAGCAAUUGAGGAGCGAAAGAAUCGUCGAGAGGACUGGUUGAAAGGACCGCUUGCCCCUCGAAGGAAUAUUGGUGAGCGCGAUAUACUCUACGGAACCAUCUCGACAAAUCGUCUGCGAUUGCCUAAGGUCCCGGAGUCAAAGAGGGUGAAAUAUGUGACUUUGGCCCCUGGUGAUCGUGUGUGCAUGGUUAGAGGGAGAGACAAGGGCAAGAUCGGUAAGGUUCUUCAGGUGGAUGAAGAAUCUCAGAGUGUUACUGUUGAAGGAGUGAAUAUGUUUGAUGUGGAAUUCCCUUCGUUUGCAUUAGCUGGAGACAAUGAUAAGCGUCCAUACCGUCCAUACCCUGUCCCAAAUUCCUUUGAUGACGUCCGACUUGUCGUCCCUCUCCAAGACCCCGUCACCAACACCGUCAAGGACGUUGUUGUCAAACAUGCCUAUGGAGCUGGUCCCUUCCUCGACCGCCCAUAUGGCUCAACCACCCCACGACACACUCGAUACAUCUCUGGAUUAGACAUUGAGAUUCCCUGGCCCGAAACCGAGGAACCAGACUUCAAGGAUCACCCAAUUGACACUCUCCAAAUCGAAGUAGAAGACAAAACAUACAUUCCAUCCCUUCAGACCUACCCAAUGCCUAGCACAGUGAUUGAUGAGCUAAGGAACAAAUACUCCAAGUUCCGCACCAAGCAUGACCCUGAAUAUAUUGCAAAGAAGGAAGAAGAGGCUGCGUUUGAAGAGUGGUCGAAGCAGAGGACGCUCUUGACUCCCAAAACCGAGUACCUGACGAAGAAGACCGAGGAGAGGCGGCUGCAGAGAGAACAGGAGAAAGAUGAGAACGGCAACUUCAUAUUGUCUGACGAGACUGUUAAUUUUAUUGAGAAGUUUAUGGCAAAGAAGCAGGGUCAACGCAAGACAAAUGUUGCGUAG